AUGUCGGCGUCAUUAUCAACAUCACCCAAAACACAAUCACGCGACAGUAUUCUUAACAUUUUUCAUGAAAUUACAGGAAUGAAUUUUGAAGAUUGUCUUCAUUUUCUUAAUCAAUAUAAUUGGAAACUUCAGAAUAUUUUAGAAGAUUUUUACAAAGGAAAAGAAUUUAAGAAUAAAUCCAGUCAAAAUUCAAAUGAAAAAAGCGUUGAAAAUAGGCGUGAAUCUGCAAAUACCCAACAUCCAAACUUAGGUAGUUUUUAUACGAAAAGAGUCGAACAACAACAAUUCACUGAAGAUUAUGAUCAUUACUUUGCUGGACUGUUACAACGAUUCGGUGAUACUGAUGAAUUAGCAAGAAAAAAUGGGACACAUAGGCAGCAUUAUCAACAAAUUCCACAAACUCAAAAACUUCAAGAAAAAUCAUCGAAAGACAAAUCUAAAAAUGAGGAGAUUUAUCAUGAAAAACAAGAAUUACUUCGAUGUGGUAUUCAUUCAUUAAAUAAUCUUUUUCAAAUUCCACAUUUAUUUACUCAUAAACAUCUCGACGGUAUUGUACGCGAAUUUGAUAACAGACACAACAAUAAUGAUUAUGGAAUCCUAUGGAUAGGUGAUUACGAUUUACGGAUAUUAAUCGAAGCUAUCAAUCGAUGUGGACAUCUUGUUCGGCAAAUAAAUUUUUAUAAUGGUGAACCACUUCAAAAUCUUCCAUGGGAUUCUUAUUUUGGUUUAUUGAUUAAUUUAAAUGGUGCUCAUUGGUUUACAAUUAAAAAUCUGAAUGAAAUUUAUUAUAAUCUUGAUUCAACAUUUACAAAACCAUUAAAAAUUGGACUCAAAGAUGAUCUAGUUAAAUAUUUAAUUAGCUUUAUACAAAAUUUCACUAAUGUGUAUAUAUUUACUGUAUUAAAACAAACAUAUCGUUCGUAA